AUGGAGUCCUACACAAAGUUAGUCAUUGUAGCCAUUGUUCUAGUUGCAACCCUCGUAACCGAACCCAUGGCUACAAAUGGCUACAAAAUAUGUGGGGUGACCACAGAUGGUCUUAAGACCUGCCAGCCAGCAGUUGCAAAAAAUGUGGAUCCUCUUCCGUCACCAACACCGGAUUGUUGUGCAGCCCUCGGGGACGCUGAUAUGCCUUGUUUUUGCAAGUAUGAGGACAUGUUGGGUAAUUUUAACAUUGACCCGAAGCACGCCAUGGAGCUACCCGCAAAAUGCCAGCUAAAAAAAUGGAGUAAUUUCCAUUGCUAG